UCUCAUCAUGAGGCAUCUUUGACUGCUCUUUAAUUCACUAAAAAAGUCUAAAACCCUAACCAUUGCCCUUUUUCAAACGAAGAAGAAGAAGACGAAACGCUACCAUCAUCUACACACACACACCCAACUACUUUUUUCCAUCGCCGGCCUGUACAAAUGUCGACUACCCGUAGGAUCCGCGGCGAGAAUCGGUUUUAUAACCCACCUCCGAUGAGAAAACUUCAACAAGAGCGUGAGAAGAAGAGACUUGAAGCGGAGGAGAUAGAGAAAGAGAAGAAGAAGGCAAAGGAGAUUCUCGAUCGAAAGAUUAAAGUCGAGGAGAAGGAGAUUAAGCAACCUGAGGAGUGCUCGACCUCCGAUUGCUCUGUGCCGAGUCGGGUCUCCUCCACCACCACCACCACCGGAACUACUUCUUCCAAUUUGGGCCGGUUUCUGGAUUGCACCACUCCAAUUGUUUCUACGCAGCACUUGCCUUUGACAAGUAGUAAGGGGUGGAGAACUCGUGAACCAGAGUACCGUCCCUAUUUCUUGCUGAAUGAUUUGUGGGAUUCAUUUGAGGAAUGGAGCGCCUACGGUGUCGGGGUUCCUCUUCUUUUAAAUGGGAUCGAUUCGGUUGUUCAGUAUUAUGUUCCUUAUCUCUCUGGUAUUCAGCUUUAUGAAGACCCAUCUAGAGCCUGCACAACUAGGAGGAGAGUUGGUGAAGAAAGUGAUGGUGAUUCGCCUAGAGACAUGAGUAGCGAUGGGAGCAAUGACUGUAGAGAGCUUUCUCAAAAUUUAUACAGAGCCUCUUUGGAAGAGAAACCUUGCAUUGGUUCAUCGAGUGAUGAGAGUGAGGCCAGCAGUAACUCUCCUGGUGAACUUGUCUUUGAGUAUCUUGAGGGUGCUAUGCCAUUUGGCCGUGAACCAUUGACCGACAAGAUCUCAAACCUGUCAUCACAAUUCCCAGCACUCAGAACAUACAGAAGCUGUGAUCUAUCACCUUCGAGUUGGGUCUCUGUUGCUUGGUACCCAAUAUACCGAAUACCAUUAGGUCAAUCGUUACAAAACCUCGAUGCUUGCUUUUUAACAUUCCACUCGUUGUCAACACCCUGUCGAGGUACAAGCAAUGAGGAAGGUCAAAGCUCAAGCAAAUCGGUUGCAUCGGCGAAGCUUCCAUUGCCCACUUUCGGUCUCGCAUCCUACAAGUUUAAACUGUCAGAAUGGAGCCCAGAGAGUGACGUAGACGAGAACCAGAGAGUCGGGACGCUGCUACGAACAGCUGAAGAGUGGCUCAGGCGGUUGAAGGUGAUUCUACCGGACUUUAGACACUUCAUAUCGCAUAGUGGUUCGGCGUGGAGAUGAUGAUAUUUAGAGUCAUUUUCUAAACUCUAAAUAAGGAGAGUGAUAUAUAGCAAAAGUGAAAUAUCUUUCAGCUACUUUUGUUUGUUUUGUUGAAGGAAAAUGAGAAUCUGUAUAGACACUGAUCGUACAUUUGUUUAAUUACUGGGAAAACUUAUGUAAUUGAAACAGUUUGG